AUACAACUUGAGUUGGCAAAAAGUGAGAAAGUGGAUAACAAAAGGCCACGACAAGACAAAACUACUUAUCCUACGUGUCAGUUUCUCAACAGCUCAAAAAACUACCUCCGAUUCGUCAGUUGCAAAAUCCAUACAAACCAAAAGUACAAAAUCCCAUUAAAACUUCAUGAAUCUGCAUGUAAUGAUCAAACAACCCCUUUAUUUAACCAAAUUCGCUCCAUUUUUAACCAAAUCAAAGCACACCCUUUUCAAAUUCCACUGUAAAAUGGCUUCUUUUAGAGCUACAGGUGCACCCACUGUUGAAAAUGUUCCAGGAUUAAGCAAUGAGGAAAUGGAGAAAGUUUGUGAAGAGAGUUUUGUGAGGUAUAGUUCUGGUGGUUUGAGUAAGAAGAGAGGUAAAGGGGUUGUUAUUGUUUGGUUUAGGAAUGAUUUGAGAGUGCUGGAUAAUGAAGCUCUUUUUAGAGCUUGGGUUUCUUCUGAAGUAAUCUUGCCUGUGUAUUGUGUUGAUCCUAGGCUUUUUGGGACUACUCAUUACUUUGGAUUGCCUAAAACUGGAGCUUUAAGGGCGCAAUUCAUCAUAGAGUGCUUAACUGAUUUGAAAAGGAAUCUGGUGAAGAGGGGACUUGACCUAUUAAUUCAACAUGGUAAACCAGAAGAGAUUAUCCCUUCCCUGGUGAAAGAGUAUAAGGCACACACAGUGUAUGCUCACAAGGAAACAUGCAGUGAGGAAGUAAAAGUAGAAAAAUUGGUCACCAGAAAUCUGCAAGAAUUAGUACUGCCAUCAUCUGGUGAACCAGGCAAUGUGCCACGAUCUAGAACUACUAAACUAGAAUUAGUCUGGGGUAGUACAAUGUAUCAUAUAGAUGACCUUCCAUUUGACUGUGAGAGUUUACCAGAUGUGUACACUCAGUUCCGUAAGUCAGUUGAAUCCAAAUCAAAAAUUCGAAAUUGCAGAAGACUUCCAGCUUCCCUUGGUCCUCCACCAGAGGUUGGUGAUUGGGGACAUGUCCCACAAGUUACUGAGCUCGGGCUUCAGCAGGAAAAGGCUUCUAAAGGAAUGAAGUUUAUUGGUGGUGAAAGUGCUGCACUGGGUAGGGUACAUGAUUACUUUUGGAAAAAGGAUUUAUUAAAAGUAUAUAAAGAGACUCGAAAUGGGAUGUUAGGACCUGAUUAUUCUACAAAGUUCUCUCCUUGGCUUGCUUCAGGAAGCCUGUCUCCCCGUUUUAUAUAUGAAGAGGUGAAGAGAUAUGAGAAGGAAAGACUAUCAAAUGAAUCGACAUACUGGGUUUUGUUUGAAUUAAUAUGGAGGGAUUACUUCAGAUUUCUCUCAAUCAAACAAGGAAAUUUGCUUUUUCAAGCAGGAGGUCCUCGAAAAGUAAAUAUUAACUGGAGCCAAGACCAAACUAUGUUUGAUGCCUGGAGACAAGGUCAAACCGGGUAUCCUUUAAUUGAUGCCAACAUGAAAGAACUAGCUGCUACUGGAUUCAUGUCGAAUCGAGGACGACAGAUUGUGUGUUCUUUUCUUGUUCGAGAUAUGGGCAUUGACUGGCGGAUGGGAGCUGAAUGGUUUGAGGCAUGCCUCUUGGAUUAUGAUCCUUGCUCCAACUAUGGCAACUGGACAUAUGGAGCAGGUGUUGGCAAUGACCCUAGAGAAGACCGUUACUUCAGCAUUCCAAAGCAAGCUCAAAAUUAUGAUCCUGCAGGGGAGUUUGUUGCAUACUGGUUGCCCGAGUUAAGAGCACUUCCGAGGGAGAAAAGACACGCCCCUGGAAUGAUGUACUUAAAACCAAUUGUAGCUCUCAAACAUGGAUAUACCAAGAAGACCGGUGACCCAAAAAACGCCUUUUCAGCAAGAAGAGGCAGACCAGAAGAAAAUAGACGAAAGCGAUAUAUAGAUGGGAGAACGUACUAGUGCCGCUGCUAAUAUAGGAUACUGAUUUUCAGGUCACAAGUCACAAAACUGCAACUGAGAUGAUAAAGUUUAGCUGCACUAUAUUUGAAGAGUUGUAAUGAGUUGCCCUCAAACUUUGGGACCUAGUCCCAAGCAGACUUAAAGGAAACUUAACAGUAAAGCACAUGAAAGGAGUAAAUGAGAGACAUCAAUUUUACGUGGAAAUUCCUUUCUUAAGGGAAAACAAUC